AUGGGAAAUCAUUAGUCAUAGCAUAAAAAUCAUAUCAAGCUCACAACCAAAACUAAGUAAUAAUUUAAGAAAUUGUUUUUAAUAAAAAAGGAUAAGUAUACAUUUAUUUCAUUUUAUUUUUAGUCUCUUUUCAAAGUUAUCAUAAAAAACAUCAUCACUAAUUACAUGUUUUUUGAAUAUUUAAGAAUUUAACACUUUACUUUUAGUUUCAAAAACUACAUAUUAAAUAUUUAAUCAAACCUCUGGUUGUUUUCAAAUAGAAUGUUAAAGACUUUUGAAUGUUAAGUGUGAGUUAAUUUAAUCUUAAAAUUGGAAAAUAAUCUUAUAAAGUGUAAUGUGCAUUCCUAUAAGAUCAUUACCUUAUGGAGAAGCAAUCAAAAGUGUAAGAUACUAAAUUAAAUAAUUCCCAAUCUUUAUAGAACAGAAAAUACAUUACAGUGGAUUUUAGAAGGCCAUUCUAUAUUAUGAAAAUUAACUUAGUGAAAAAAAAUAAUUUAUUAAAACUGUUGAUUACAGAUCAGCACUACAUUUUGCAUCAAAUAAUACAGAUAUAUUAUUAAGAGUAAGGUAAGGAUUUGAAAUCCAUACAUAAUUACCAGAACUACUGAUGUUAAUCUAUAAUUUACAUGAUUAUGUAAAAAUAUUUUGUAAAUAUCUGGAAAUAAGAUUUUCUAAAUGUAAUUUAGAAUAAUUUAUAUAAAUUUGGCAUCAUUAUUAAGGAUGGAUAAGUUCAGUAGAAAAUUAAACAUUUGACUUAAUAUUCUUGUUUAAUAAAAUCAUUGAUGAAAGUCUACCUUAAUACAAAUUACCAAAAUAUACUAUCCGUCAUUUUAUGGUAUGUGAAUGGAUGAAGAAAGCUAAUAAAGGAGAACUCAUUGUCAAGUUAAGAGAAGACUUUAGAUUAUAAAUGAUAGAAGGUAGAAAUAAAAAAAUUAAAUCUUAACUAUUAAGAUAAUAUGUUUAAUAUCUAAUUGAUAUUAGUACAAAUCAAAAUAAUAUUCAUUAAUAUGGUUAUUAUAAUUUUUAAUAUUGCUAAGAACUUAAUUAACUAAUUAAUUUAACAAUAGAUUUAUCACCUAAAUUAAAUAUUGAGUAUUAAUAAGAUGAAGAAUUAUUGAUUUAUAUAUUUGGAUAGUAUGUAUAUGAAUAUUAUAUAUUUGAAUUAUCAUCUGCAUUUAGAGUUGAGCAAUUCAAAUAUGAGAUUAAACAAUUUCAUUAAGAAAGCUAAUAAAUGUCUAAGAUUUUGGUUAAAAAUUUUGAAGAUUAAAAUACUUAGAAUAGUAUCUUUGGUAAUGAGGUUUAAAACUUUAGAUACCAUUUAUCCUUACAAUAAAAUGUUUAAAUAAAAAUUAGAUCUUUAUUUAAAUAGGUAGCUUUAAUGGAUGAUGAUUUAUAUAAUUCUACAGAAAAUAUAGUAACAGAAAGUUUAGGAACAUCAGGAAUUUCAUUAACAUCUACAAAUUGUAGUUCAGUAAUUUCGAGUAUAAAAAAUAAUGAUUAAUUAUAUCAUUAUAUUAAAUUUUAUUAAAAAGAAUUAUUUAAUAAAAUUUAAAAAUUUUAUUGCAAGGAAUAAGAUGUGUACUAGUAUUCAUUAGAAUAGGAACCAGUUAAUAAUAUUAUAUAUGAUAUUUCAGAAUUAGCUGAAUACGAUUAUAUCUAGCAUUAAAAUUUAAUGGAAUUAUUUUAUAAUAGAAUUUAAAGAUCAAAUGCUAUUUAUUAAUUAGAAAGAAGAUAAACUAUUUUGACAUCUACUUACUAGAAUAAUCAAUAUUAAAUCUAAACAUAAACACUUAAUCAAGCAGAAUAACUUUUAAAAUACCUUUAAAAAUGA